AUGGUGGGACUGCGAGCGGUGGCUGUCGAACUCGGGCUGGGCAGUGCAGAUGCUGACACGAGUGAGAGGAACGGGGAGUCAGCAAGCGGAAACAUGCUAGAGGCGGAUAGGGAGCUGCCGAGCUACCGGGCGCAUGUACGUGAUCGCGUUGCGAACAUGUUCCUGCCCGAGGCGGUCACUGUGCGCGUGUCAAAUCCGUGGAUUGGACGUGUCGGUACCAGCAGCCCGGGAGACGGCUCUUCACCCGCUGCUGUCGCUGAAGCAAGCGCAGGUUAUUUGUCCAGAACAGCUUCUGGGACAAACGUGACGAACCUCGCACAAUCUCUCCAUGAAGCAGCCUUGCAGAGUUCAAGCUCUGCACCGCUAUCACGAGGCCCGCGUUCGGGCAGAAAUACGCCCGGUAGCUCAUCGUUAGGCUCAGCAGCUCACCAACACCUCCCACACGCGCCUGUAGCAGGAGAAAGCACACCUCUUGAUUGGGUCAACUCGGAGCUACUCCUGAGUCUGAGCGACGAACCGAUUCGACGCUUAUGGGGCGACCAGGUUGCGCCUCCAACAGAUCCUCUGGCACCACCAACCACAACAUCGAUGGGUAACGCGGAGAUUACCUCCACAGCGACAGAAAAUACAGGCAGAGGGGGCAGUCGCUGGGGCAGUCGCUGGGGUAGCAGGGCUCCCAGUCGGAAUCCCAGUCCAGAGAGGAGACUUGAUGUUCCUCCUCGACCGAGUCCGAGCAGUACAAGGCUGAGUCUGGAUAGUAAUUUCGAGAGGCCGUCUCCUUUGGCGCCUCCAGACACUCCAGGCGGAAGCAGCGUAAUGGGCCGGCACAGGCACAGUCAUUCGCAUAGCAGCAGCAUGCGUAACCUGCAGAGCUUAUUAAAGGCAACGAUGAAGCCGUUUACGACGCUCGCUGCACACGGAAAUGCAAGCUCCUCAACUAGCCCUGAGCACAGCAGGAGUACGACGCCGCCGCCUAUGCCACACUCUCAUUCAGCGCCUGUCGUCCCGACUCUUCACCAUACAAAUUCGCGCCCUACAGCAACCUCUUCGGCGUGUCCUCUCACUACACCAUCGACAUCAGACCAGUCCCCACACCCAUCAGAAUUAUCCGGGCCUGCGCUCCUGCAUAGAGCACUCACAGAGGUGCCAGACUACUCGAUCGCGUCUCGCGGCUUCAUCGGAGGCGUACCUCCUCUUACUAGCAUGCGCGGGCUGCCGAGUUACGAAGAGGCGGCACGGUCGCGAACGUCGACGGACGACUCCGACGUACCACAAGUUCGACCACCCGCUGGGCCAGAGAGCUCGCCUAGCACGCCAUCGGAAUGGCAAAGACCCACCGAGGAGGAGAGAAGGAGGAGUUCGAGCUGCGAGAGACGAGGCACCGCCAGCGAGCCAGAUUUGGUGGGUUUGGUCGGACGCGGCCGGCAUGGUACUGUGGUUGGUAUCGCAGCCAGAGAUGGACAGGGACAACAUCCAGGAAUAUUGCAAACACUCGCAACUGAACCCGCUGAGGCGAGCGACGAAGAUGGGAGUGACGAGGGGAUUGAGAUUCAUGUGCGCAGGCGACACUAG